AUGGCUGCUUCCCUGUUCAUCGACCUCGACGGCAACCCCCUCCACGAAAGCUCAGUCCUAGGCUACGGGCGAACAGGGGUCGUGAUCCGCCGCGACAACCUAGUCAUCAAAACCCCCCUCCGAUAUUUUUGGAGCAGCGACUCCGACGUGGAAGCAAAUAUGGAAGUGAUUGCGCGCGAACAAGGCAUUUUUGCCCGUUUCAAUUCCCUCCCGAAACAGACCGUCGACGGCAUCGUCCCCUGCGUCGGUCUCCUGCCGGAUGCUAUCCAGCUGAUCUACAUGGCGAACGGCGAUCUACGCACCUACUUACAGAAAAAGGAAAAUAAAUCGUCAAGAGCAGUCCAACUGACAUGGUUCCGUCAAAUGGCUCGCGCCCUGACACAGGUUCAUGCAGCGCGCGUCCUUGCGGCUGAUAUCGCGACGCGCAAUUUUCUUCUCGAUGCAGACUUGUCUGUCAAAAUCUGCGACUUCAGUGAAGCGUCUCUUCUACCUCUUGAGAUAGCUAUGGAAACAGCCGAUGAUGGUGGGUUCUCGGUCCAGACGGAUAUUGGACAGUUGGGGGCGGUGAUGUAUGAAGUAGUGACUGGGCAGAGAUGUGACUUUGAUCUCUUCAAAGGUGGGAUUCCGGAUGAUGGCCGAGCGAUCUGGCUUCCGAGGGAUUCGCUUCCCAGUACUGAUGGACUUUGGCUCGGUCCAAUUAUCGAAAAAUGCUGGGUUAAAGGAGGAUUCCAAAAUGCCGAUGCUUUGUUGCGUGCGCUGGAUUCGGUGGAUCUAGAAAGGAAUGAGGAAGUACAUCCAGAGAAAAGCCAAUCGACCUAAUAAAGAUGCCUUGCUGCGUGCAU